CUUUACAAUUUCCUGCGUCAACUUUUCCAACCAGUCCCUCAUCUCCAAAACCUGACCUUCCCUGCCAACGUGGUGUGCUCGUCAUAUUGUCUCGAACCCAGUCGAUCGACAAGGCUGCACAGAAGGAACUCUCGUCUUUCCGUGCCAAACACACACGUUUAGUUUCACUCUUUGCAAUUUAGCUCCUAUCAAUCAAAAUGGUCGUUGCCACGAUAAAGUGUGUCGUUGUGGGUGACGGUGCUGUCGGCAAGACUUGUUUGCUUAUCAGCUACACCACCAACAAGUUCCCCUCAGAAUAUGUCCCUACUGUGUUCGACAAUUAUGCGGUGACGGUUAUGAUUGGAGAUGAGCCGUACACCCUGGGACUUUUUGAUACCGCCGGACAGGAGGACUACGACCGCCUCCGCCCGCUCUCAUACCCUCAGACUGACGUUUUCCUGAUUUGCUUCUCUGUCACUUCCCCGCCUUCGUUUGAAAACGUCAAGGAAAAAUGGCUUCCCGAGGUCCGCCACCACUGUCCCGGUGUCCCCUGCUUGAUUGUCGGUACUCAGAUCGAUUUGAGAGAUGACCCUGCUGUGCGGGAGAAGCUGGCCAAGCAAAAGAUGGCUCCCAUAGAGAAGCAAGAUGCGAUCAACAUGGCCAAAAGACUUGACGGAGUCGUCAAAUAUGUCGAGUGCUCUGCGCUCACGCAACGAAAUUUGAAGGAUGUCUUUGAUGAGGCCAUCGUGGCGGCUCUAGAACCCCCGCCAUCCAAAUCGAAGAAGUCUCACAAGCCGUGCCUCAUUCUUUAAACCCUUUAGUAUGCUAUCGUCCGUCCCGAUACUACGAAAUGGCCUGGUUCAAUGUCAUGGAACCGCAGUUGGUGUAAUAAUUCUUGCCUUUGGAGACAAAUCGAAACCUUUGACGGUGAUAUCUCAUGCAUCGCUGGAAAAGCAGAGCCAUUCGGCGGGAGAGGGUCGGACAGCAAACGACGUCUUCAUGUGGAGAGGCAGAGAGGAGGAGAUAUCCUAGUUUUCUUUGAUCAUGCCCGGAAAUAGGUACCCUCGACCAUUCACUUUUUCCCGAGGAAGGGGGUAUCUUGCGGCAUUCUACUUUUAUAUCUUUGUGUGGGGAUUUUUUUUAUUUUUUUUUUCUUAUUAACUUUCUACAUUUGUUCGGCGCCUGUCGGUAGCGGUCCUACCAUAUGAUGUCCCAUUUUCUUUUUUAUU